GGGAGCUAUGGAGGCGGUGCCGCUGCAGGACUUCGUGCGCGCCCUGGACCCUGCCUCCCUCCCGCGCGUGCUGCGGGUCUGCUCGGGGGUCUACUUCGAGGGCUCCAUCUACGAGCUGUGUGGGAAUGAGUGCUGCCUUUCCACGGGAGACCUGAUCAAGGUCACCCAGGUUCGCCUCCAGAAUGUGGUCUGCGAGAACCCGAGGACGGGUCAGACUACGGUGAUCAACCCCAACUUCCAGGGCCUCUUCACCCCCCUCACCAGACCCCAAAGCUAUCGAACCCUGGCGGAGCUGGUUUCUGCCGCGACUCAGAGUGCCAAGCAGCUGCCCAUUUGCUUCACGUCGACCCACAGGAUGGUCAUGGAGGGCAGGGUAGUGACUGAGGACCAGCUCCUCACACUCACAGCUGUGGAGAGGCACCUCGGGACCCCCUGUGCCCGCUGUGUCCUGGGCACUGGGGACCAGGAGGUCAUCCUGCACCUGCCCCUGUCCCAGAAGGGACCCUUCUGGAAGUGGGAGUCCAGUGCCCCUCGGACCCUGCUCCAGGCUUUGCAGGACCCGGCCCUGAAGGACCUUGUGCACAACUGCCCCACCCUACCCUGGCACUCCCUGAUCUUGAAGCCCCUGUAUGAGAUCCAAGCCAUCAUGCACAUGCGCAGGACCGUCGUCAGGAUCCCCUCCACUCUGGAGGUCGACGUGGAGGACGUCACGGCCUCCUCCCAGCACAUCGACUUCAUCAAGCCGCUGCUGCUGAGCGAGAUCCUGGCCCAGGGCGGCCCCUUCCCGCUGCCUGCAGAGAUCCUGGAAGUUCCAGAGGGGCCCCCCAUCUUCCUCAGCCCGUGGGUGGGCUCCUUGAGGAAGGGCCGGAGGCUUUGCAUCUACGGCCCGGCCUCACCACCCUGGCGGGUCCUGGCCUCCAGCAAGGGCCGGAAGGUGCCCAGACACUUCAUGGUCUCCGGGGCCUACCAGGGCAAGCUGCGGCGGCGGCCGAGGGAGUUCGCCACGGCCUAUGACCUGCUGGGGGCUUUCCAGCUGGGCCAGCCCCUCCGGGUGGUGGCCACAAAGGACUGUGAGGACGAGUUCACAUCCCUGGCCGUGGGCGACCGGCUGGAGGUGUUGGGGUCUGGUCAGGCCUACGGCCAAGGUGGCGACCUAGAUGUCUUGGUAUGUCAGCGACUGAGUGACCAGGCUUGGGAAGAAGAGGAAGAAGAGUGUGGUGAGGAGGCAGAGCACCAAGAGGAGACUCUCCUGCCCCUCCACUUCCCAGGCAGCUUCGUGGAGGAGGUGAACGAUGGCCGGCGCUACAGCCUGGCGGAGCUGACUGCCCGGUUCUCGCUGCCCUGUGAGGUCAAGGUGGUGGCCAGGGACAGCAGCCAGCCUGUGGACCCUCUGGCCUCCUUCCUGGGCCUGCAGCUGGAGGAAAAGAUCACAGAGCCCUUCCUGGUGGUGAGCCUGGACGCUGAGCCUGGGCUGUGCUUUGAGAUUCCCCCCCAGUGGCUGGACCUGACCGUUGUGGAGGCCAAGGGGCAGCCGGGCUGGCCGGCAGAGCGCCCCCCUGCAGCCACGGUGGAGGAGCUGACUGAUGCCUUCUACUAUCGCCUUCGGACGUUACCGGCCUGUGAGACCCAAACCCCCCCACCCAGGCCCCCCAAAAGUCAAGGCCUUGGUGGGCAGAGGAGGCAGAGCAGUGAGGAAGACGUCAAGCCUCCUCAAGUCUCUGGGAUACAGCGACCCCCUCCACUGUCCAAAUCCAAGGCAAAGACCUUGCCACCAGAGUUCACCAAGGACAGCUCAAACGCAUACAGCAAGAUUUCUGCCCACAAGAAGUCUAAGCCCAAAACACAGGAUUCAGAUGAUGAACAUGACUAUGAAGAAGUCGUCGAGCGCUUUCAGAACAUCAUCUAG